AUGAGGAGCAGACAGAGAGUACAGUCCAGAAAGAAAAGGGCCACAGAAAAAGCAGAACUGGAGCGACAGCAAAAAAGGAACAAGUGGAAAGAGUCCUAUGAGUUCGAAAAUUCAGAGCUGCUCUGCAAGAUAGCAGAAUUCGAAUGCCCAACGACAAAUCAGGAUCCACUGUCCCUGGCAACACUCAGUCCCAUCGAGCUGUUUGAGCUGUUCUUCGACGAAGACGUUGUCACAUUCAUUUGUCAACAAACUAAUCGUUACGCUCUUCAGAAAGGUGCAGACAGGUGGAAUGAUGUGGGUAUCGAGGAAAUGCGGUGCUUCUUUGGGAUACUGCUCCUCAGUGGGUACAACCAACUUCCAAGAAUGAAAAUGUACUGGGAGCAAACACAAGAUGUUCACAACAACCUAGUGUCCGAUGCUAUGCGGCGGGAUAGGUUUUUGGAGCUGCUGCGGUAUAUUCACUUUUGUGACAAUGCAGUCCUUGAUGGUUCGACAACAGACAGAUGUUGGAAGAUCCGGCCUAUUUACAAUAUGUUACUGUCAAGGUUCCAGAAGAACGCUGUCCUCACCAAAUGUUUCAAUGUAGACGAAUCAAUGGUGCAAUACUUUGGAAAGUCUGGCAAUGCCCUAAAGCAACGCAUGCCAAUGAAACCGAUAAGAAGUGGGUACAAAGUGUGGUCUCUCAACCUAGACAACGGGUAUAUGUAUAACUGCGAGAUAUACCAAGGAAAGGGGAGUCAGUCCGAUUACCAGGUGGCAUUUGGCCAUGGACCUGGAGUUGUUCUCGGGCUAAUGGAUGAUCUCCCCAAGGGAAACUACGAAGUGUACCUUGACAACUUUUUCACUUCAACGAAGUUGUUGUAUCAUCUCGGACAAGAAGGUAUAGGAUGCACUGGAACAUUCACUAGGAAAAUGAUUCAGUUCUGCCCUUUUCCAACCGAUAACGAGAUGGUGAAGGCUGGGAGAGGUAUAUUCAAGUCUUUUGUACACACGGACCUGAAUAUUCAACUCACCAAGUGGCAGGACAAUAAACAAGUGAUCAUCGGCUCAAACUUUGACUGUGACACCCCUGCCGAUACCUGUCAAAGAUGGUCUGCCGAGAAGAAGGAGAGGAUUUCUGUUCCCCGACCUAAAUCCAUCACAUCCUAUAACACACACAUGGGGGGAACUGAUAACAUGGAUCAGGCAAUAAAUGUUUACAGACCUGUCAUACGGAACCGGAAAUGGUAUUGGCCACUCUUCUCGUACAUUCUGCAAGUUUCCACGUAUAAUGCCUGGAAGCUGAGCAGGUAUGCUGAUUCUAGCGCCAGCAACACAUUCCUCGACUUCAUCAGAAGCAUCGUUUGCCCCUACCUGACCUUGUACAAGACGACAAGGAAACGCGGAAAGACGAACAACUUGUACCCCUGUAAAGGAGUUGCAGCUCGGACCCCCAGAAAGUGUGCGUUACGACGGGAUAGGUCAUCUGAUAAAAAAAACGAUAGGGAAGAGAACGAGAUGUGGUCUAUGCAAGAGUAA